CUUCCAUUACGUUCGCCGCUAGUUAUCCAAGUUUCACUACGGUAUAUAUGCACCUCUGGCUUGCCAUCGCAUAGUAUCCGCUGCGCCAUAGGCAUGGCGCUACAAGCAAUGCGCGAUAAAUGUUUACUCUUCACACUUGUAUUGUUUUCUGCUGGCGUCCUACAAGCCGCAGGACAGCUUCAGCUCAACUAUUCCCAAGUCCUCUCCCUGAGCUUCAGAUUUUAUGAGGCACAGAUGUCUGGCGAUGUACCAACAUGGUCUCGCGCGUCGCAAGCAACUGGUGGAUGGCGCAACCGAAGUCACAUGCAAGACGGUACUGGGCCUAGCGGCAUAAAUGUGGACCUCUCCGGCGGCUGGUAUGAUGCUGGAGACCACCUCAAGCUGCACCUGCCUCUGGGGGUUUCGGCCAGCCUGCUGGCUUACAGCGCGCUGACCUGGGAGAGCGCCUACAGGGGAGCCGGACAGUGGGACAUCGCCGUGCGCAACCUCGACUGGGUAGCGACCUACAUGACAAAGUGCCACUACCAAGCCAGCGACACGCCCACCUCCAACGCCUUUGUGGGCCAGGUUGGCGACGUUGACACGGACCACAACACCUGGUGGGGCCGUCCGGAGCAGCAGCUGCAGGGGGGAUCCCAGGGCUCUGCGGGCUGGCGCCCAGUCCACGUAAUCACAUCGGCGGGAGGCAAGGGAGCAGACAUUGUGGGAGAGGCUGUGGCCACACUGACCGGUGCGGCUCUGCUGCUGAAGCGUGCGGGCGCUUACUCAAACCCUACCAAAGCGCAGACACUGCUGACCCGUGCGCGACAGCUGUUCGCAUUUGCCAAGACUGUGCCGAACACGUGGACCCCACCGUCCGGCUCCAACGCCUACCCAAGCAGCAGCUACAACGACGACAUGGCCUGGGCGGCAGCAUGGCUGUGCAGGGCUGACGUGGACGCGGGCGUGUCCGUGGGCAGCAGCGCGUACUGCACCGCCGCGCUGCCGUACUGGGACGCUGCCAAGUACGGCAGCCUGGAUGUGUCGUGGGACAACAUGGCGGGUCCGGCCGCUCUGCUGCUGCGAGACACGGGUGCGGGCGGCGCAUCGUAUAUCGCCAGCUACGACGACUUCAUCAACCGGCUUAUGACCAAGUGGACCUCCGUGCCGUCGUGCUCUACGGGGAAUGUUCCGUGCCUCACCAACGGCGGUCUGGUCUGGUACAACGACUGGGGCAGCAACCGCUACGCGGCCAACGUGGCGAUGGCCGCACUCGCCUCAGCACGCAGCGAUGGCGGUGCGGGUCUGGCGCUGACUCCGGCUGCCCGCGUGUCGCGUCAUUGCUGGGCCAAGAAGCAGUUGUCGUACAUGCUCGGUGACAACAGCCGGAGCCAGUCCUACGUGGUUGGCUUCAAGCCCACUGCGCAGCACAACGCCCCCCAGAAGCCGCACCACCGCAGCUCCAGCUGCAGCCCCGACUACAGUGUGACGUGCGACUGGACGGCCCUGGACCUGUCCGGCCCCAACCCCAGCGUGCUGGCGGGGGCGCUGGUGGGGGGCCCGGCCAGGGACGACAGCUACACGGACAACCGGCGUGACUACAUGAAGAACGAGGUGGCGCUCGACUUCAACGCAGGAUUCACGGCGGCGCUGGCGGGCCUCACAGGUUUGGAGCAGGGGCUUCAGGCGGCGGGAUGUUCCUGGGCCAACUAUUGCGCCAUGGCGUGCUCGACCGUCAGCUCCCCACCUUCGCCACCACCCGCGCCAUCACCCAAGCCCUUCCCACCCCCGCCCCCGGCGCCUUCUCCCAAGCCAUUCCCGCCACCAUCCCCAUCCCCGUCUCCCAAACCCCCUCCGCCACCUUCUCCCAAGCCUUCGCCUCCUCCAACCCCUCCGCCGCCUUCACCCAAGCCUUCGCCUCCGCCCAAGCCUUCUCCACCACGGCCUCCUAGUCCGCCCCCAUCACCCUCUCCCAAGCCCUCCCCGCCACCCUCGCCAUCACCCAAGCCUUCGCCUCCACCAUCACCGCCAUCGUCCACCUGUGACCCAAGCGACUCCGCCUGCCAAGAGUGCUCCAAGUCGUACAUCACUGCAGCCGCUAGCUGCCGUACAUGUGUCUCCUCCAUGCGCAGCAUCGGCCAGGACGCCUGGCGCUGCUUCACAUGCGCCAACGGUCCCUUCCCCAUCUCCGACUCGUCCAUGCAGAGCGUCUGCCUAGGCGAAUGCGUGCCCGCAACCGCGGCUAAAGGUGCCGACUGGGCCUGCGACCAAUACUGUGCGGAUCCAUCACUUGUGGCAAACGACCCCACACGCUCCCGACAAUGCGGGACCUGCGUGAAGGGCGCAUCGAACCCAUGGGGCUGCCAGAACUGCAUGCAGGUUGCAAACACUCUUCCGGACGCCGCGACGGCCCGGGCUUUUUGCUUCUCCUGCGUCACCAACCCAACCUAUAUCGGCCGCGAGUGGGACUGCGGAGACUGUACCCAGAAGUACACAACGGCAGCGGGCCGCACUGCCUGCAUGACCGCCAGAGUUGGAGUGAGCGGCAGACGGUUGUUACGCGCUAAAUAACCCAGCAGCGUUUAGUGCUAUAGAUGCAGGAUUGGGAUACAGCUGCAGAAGGAGGAUGGCGGCGAAGAGCUCUCAUUCAUCCCUGAAUCAAUAAUACUGUUACUGCUGUACAGGGUUUGUUAGGUACCUGGCAAGCAGGUGGCAGGCAGGAGGGCAGCGGGGGCCUAGCUGUCUGGAUGGAUCUUUCGUACUGAUGUUAACCGAGGAUUGCGUCGUCUUAAAAAGAUGCAAGGAUUGUUCGGUUUGCUGUGUGCUGCUGACCUCCUUCAGCAAUGUAUUUGUACGGUUGAGGGUGUCUUUGUUGCUUAGGGUUAGGCUGUAGCUGGAGUCAUCAUCUUGAUUAGGGAAGGUGAGAGGCUAAAUUAUUUGAUGCUUCGCAAGGGCUGAAAUGCGCGUCACGCGGAUACAUCUGCUUAUAACUGAUCCACGGCAAGCGCCGGUUCUUGAGUCCCAUGGGUCACACAGAUUUGUUCCGGAGAUUUAGGAAACUUUAGGUAACCAUCUGCGGGGCCUUGAUGAUCCAUGGGCAACGAUAUCUCAGUUAUAUUAUGCUAGGAGUUGGCUAGAUUCUUGUCGUACUACUUUUAUUAUUGGCUACGCUGCCAAAAGACUUUAUAUUGUACUCCUGUACACCCUCUGCGAGACGUCCCUUUCACAUCCUAUGUGUUACUUAUGAUUAAUAAUACAUGUUGCUAUUCUGGGACGGCAAUCCUAUCUUGUGAGACGGUACAAAAACCGUGUAGUCAUUGCAAGAUGCAGUUACCCCUCACGUCCGUGGUCUACGUGACUGUGGGAACUGUUAAUCAGGUGCCAUCGCUGCGUUCAUCG